AUGGAGGUCGACUCCGACGACGACACGUGGCGAUUGAACUUGAACGAUGCGUGGACGUCGGACAGCGAAGGCGAGGUGCGCGCGAAACCGUCCACGAGCGCGGCAAAAUUCGCUCGAGCCGAACUUGACGCGGUGAACGUGGAUAUCGACGCGGCACCGGCGACCACGACGGCGCCGCGCGGAGACGUCAACGCGUCGAAAUACGCGUUGACGCUGCCGAAUGAGCUCGGUGUGUUGACGGUAGCGCAAAUUCACAAGUGCGAGCUCGGAACGGUGGUUUGGAACGCGGCGCUGAUUCUGUGCGACUGGUUGAGAGCGAACGCGGGGACGCUGCGAGGCCGCACUAUUUUGGAAGUCGGCGCGGGUUGCGGAGCGUGUGGGUUUUACGCCGCGGCGUGCGGCGCGGAUUGCAUCAUCGCCGACUGCGGUCCGCAAACAAUGCUUAACUUAGAAAAGACGCUCGCGUGUUACGAGAAUUUAGUCGCGAAGCGACCAGGUGGUGGAUCGUUUGCGGGAAACGUCAAAAUUCGGCGUCACUUGUGGGAGGAGGAUUUUGAAAUCCUUGAGGCUCGACGACUCGGAGAGAUUCCUGGGCGCGUCAGACAUUGGUCGAACGUGGGAGUUUUUGAGAACGAGGGCGCUGGCUUCGCGGCGCCAAUGGCGCCAACGGAUGUCUUCGACAUCGUCAUCGGCUCCGACUUGUUGUACUUUUCAAGCCAGGAAGAGAGCUUGCUCGCGGCACUUCGUUUGCGUCUAAAGCCAGGAAGAGUGUGUUACAUCGUUCAAACGUUGCGCACGAAUAACGCCGAAGUCUUCGCACGAUUCGUUCUCGCAGCGCGCAGAUACUUUGUCGUGGACAUUGUAUCCGCGUCGCUUCCUAAUGCGAAUGUUUUUUUGCGAGCCAAGGAGACGCCGCACGCCCUGUUAGACGACCCGUAUAGAUUAUUGACGCUCCGACCGCUGUAG